AAUGAUGAAUGAUAGCUUUGACCUUUUGAUUUUCAGCCAAGAUUGAGUAGCUCACAAAAUACCCUUUGCCAAUUUUCCUUGCCUUACACCCUUAAUCAAUUAAAACUAAUCAUUACUUCUUUCCCAUUUUAGAGUUAUUUCCUGUAAUUUCUUCCAUCAAAUCCCUAAUCACCCAAAUUCCCAAAAUCAGUUUGGACACCCUCCUCUGUUUUUGCUCUGUUUCCCAUCAAAUUUCCAAGCCCAUCCCCUUUAUUUUUUCUGGGUAUGAUUGAAUUUGUGUUCUGAUGUGGAUUUUUGUAAUGGGUAUUUGAGAAAUUGUUUGAUUUUGGUUUGGGAAAGAAGAAAAAUGAAGGAUUUUGCAGGAACACCAGGAACUAUAACUGGGUUUGUUUUAAGGAUUGCUCAAUUUAUGUUUGCUGCUGGUUCUAUUGCUUCUAUGGCAACCACUUCUAGCUUCUAUAAUUUCACUGCUUUCUGCUAUCUAAUAGCUGCCAUGGGUUUGCAAGUAAUAUGGAGCUUAAGCCUCGCUUUGAUGGAUGCCUAUGCACUAGCGAAGAAAAGAGUGCUCCACAAUUCAAUCCUUGUUAGCCUUUUUGUAAUCGGAGAUUGGGUAACGGCUACAUUGUCUCUUGCAGCAGCUUCUGCAUCUGCAGGAAUUACGAUCCUGUACUUCCAUGAUAUCGGAGACUGUACCAUCGUAGCAGAAUGCUUCAAGUAUCAGCUUGCAGUUUCUUUAGCCUUUCUAAGUUGGCUAACAGUUUUCCCUUCAUUUCUCAUCAUGUUAUUGCUUCUAGGGUUCUAGCAGCAAGCUAGAUAAUCUUCUUGCUUCGGAUUCUGUACACGAAAUGCAGUACAUUUUUACACUGUAAAUAGAAACAAAAUGACAUCAAAGUAUAGGGAGGAGGAGAUUGAUUCUCAUUUUUUUUUCCUUCCCCUUCUUUUAUGUUUGUAUAGCUCAUGUCAAUUCAUCACACUUGUAAUCCAGAAAGGAAUACUCAUUUGUAUUUA